GAGAGAAAGAGAACUUGGAGGUUCCUUCUGAGUCAUGCAGAGUUGAAGUAACCCCUCCCACAGCCCUGGACUGUUAAAUAGCCCUGCUGCCUGCAUGUGCCCCUCUCAGAGCCAGCAGGAGCUGAGCAAAAGGAGGCCGAGGGAAGGAGAAAGAGGGGGAGCUGGAGAGGGCACUGAUGGACCAGCCAAAGGGUAGCAAGCUGUGGAAGGGUUCCCGCCCCAAAUACGUCAUCAUAGGAUUUCUCUUGGUGGGAGCUGUGAUUGGUUUAAUUGCCGUGGCUGUUUCACAGUACCAUCCUUCGACAAGGAACCAUAAAUAUGGGAUUGUGCUGGAUGCUGGUUCUUCUCAUACCAAUAUGUACAUAUACAAAUGGCCAGCAGAGAAAGAAAAUGACACCGGAGUGGUUCAGCAGAUAGAUGUGUGUGAAGUAGAAGGUCCAGGAAUUUCGGGAUAUGCCAGUGAUGUGGGAAAUGCUGGUCCUUCCCUAAAGCACUGCAUGGAUAAGGCAAAGGAGGUAGUGCCAGAGAGAAAGUAUCGUGACACACCUGUUUACCUGGGCGCAACAGCUGGCAUGCGGUUGCUGAGGAUGGAGAAUGCAAGUACUGCUAAAAGUGUCCUCUCUGGGGUAGAGGCAACAUUACGCUCAUACCCCUUCAACUUCCGGGGGGCCAGGAUCUUAAGUGGCGAGGAAGAAGGUGCCUAUGGCUGGAUCACCCUAAAUUACCUGCUGGGAAAUUUGAGAGAGGCUAUCUGGCCUAGUUUUCUGCCCCGUCUCUUUGCCAGGCCUGGGACAAUAGGGGCUCUGGAUCUUGGGGGAGCUUCAACACAGAUCACCUUUGAGCCAAACCAGGACACCAGUGGGUCAUCCGAGUAUAUGUUGAAUUUCCAUCUGUAUGGAAAGACCUACAGUGUGUAUACACACAGUUACCUCUGUUAUGGAAAGGACCAGGCACUCCGACUCAAGAUACUCAAUAAUGUCAAGGGCUCAUCUACUGCCAGAAUCCAAGAUCCGUGUUUCCUAAAAGGCUAUGAGAGGACUAUGAAUAUGAUCGACCUGAGCAAAAACCCUUGCACAGCAAGAAGUUUCCACCCUAAAUCCUUCUCCAUUCUCCACAUUGAGGGUACUGGGGAUUAUGAACAGUGCCUGGCUGGCAUUGAGGACAUCUUCAAUAGUUCUGGCUGCCCUUCUUCCAGCUGCUCAUUCAAUGCCUCUUUCAUGCCUCCAUUGUCUGGCCAAUUUGGGGCAUUUUCUGCUUUCUACUAUGUAAUGAGCUUUCUGAACGUAACAGAACAACCUAUGGAUGAAGUGAUAAAGGCACUGAAGGCCUUCUGCUCCAAAUCCUGGGCCAAGGUAAAGGCUGACUAUCCUAAGAUAAAAGAGAAGUACUUGAGUGAGUACUGCUUUGCAGGAACGUAUGUAAUCUCACUGCUUGGCAAGAGAUAUAACUUCACUAAGGAGAAAUGGUCGGACAUUCGUUUUUUGGGAAAGGUUCGUGACAGUGAUGCUGGAUGGACUCUGGGCUACAUGCUUAACCUGACAAACAUGAUCAAUGCAGAGCAGUCCUUUCUACGUCCACUUUCCUACAUUUGCCAUAUUUGUCUCAUGGUCGUCUUCUCCGUUAUGGUAGUGCUUCUGGUCGUCGUAGGGUACGUGAUUUAUCGCAAACCGAAGUGCUUGAAAAAGGAAGCAAUUUAGAGUGGUAAAGUCCACAGCAAAAUUUCUGUGAGCUUCAGGACUUAGUGUUCUUCUUCUGAAGCAAAUGACUUUGUAUGAAGACUUCCUUGGCCACCUCCACUGGCACUCAUAGAUGCCAAAAACAGCAUUCUGCCAUCUUUCUGCCAUCUUCCUUAUUUUGGAUAGGGGAUUGAUGAUGGAGACCUUGUGUGCUGUAUUAAAACACCAACUUCUCUCAGGUCCGUCCCUUCGUGUAUUGCCUUGGUCCCAAAAUGCAACACAGGGGGCACCCUGUUGGGAACAACUGACUGAACAAUGGAAAGACUGUGCCUGGCAGGUCCAGGUGGUCUCAGGGUUGUAUAUCUUUUGCACCUCUGGAAAGGUCAAUAGCUAUUCAGAAAUGCUGCCUGUGGAUCUCCCCCAUUCAUGGUGAUCUAUCUCAGUCACCAUCCAGUCAUAAUUGAUUUACAUGGACAUCUGCUGUGUGAAGACUUAUGGAGACUUUUUAUCAAAAAACUGUCUAUGUGACCAAACAUUAGCUGGGAGAAGGGGAAGGAACCUUAAAUGUUCCCUUUCACAAGACUUUUGUGGAGAGAAUAUCCAACUGACACUUGCCUGGAACCACUGAACUGAUCCACUGAAGGACCAACGAACUUCCAGGCAAUGAACUAUCCGCUUUCUAUAGGUUGUGUAGACUCCAGAAUCUUGAGGUGAGAUGUUGCAGCCGCCUAAUGUUUCCAUGAGCAACAUGAUCAGUCAAAAAUGGUGGGGUGGCUCUAGGGGUGGGGAGGUGGGAUACACUCCUUGCAACUUCAUUUACAUACUUUCAGUGGAGGAGCUAUACACAACAAGGGGCCUUUCUCCCAUAUUCCUAGAAAAAAAUCUUGUGUAUCACUAAACAUUUCACAGAGGUUAAUUGAUUUGCACUUUGAUGUUCAGGGAAAUAAGGGACUCAAGCAGUGAAGGACUUUCCAUUCUUCUUAUGAUAAACAUGUCAGGGUUUUUCUCCCCACUGAAUUGUAAUGAUCGACCAAAUGGAGCCAAAUAAUUUGAUUAGUGUCUCCAUAGGGCACAUAUACCAUAUAUUUAAGGAACAAUAGGUGGUACCUCUUCAUCCUUUGAAUUUGCUUCCCUUAUCAAGACUGAGUCUUUGCUUCCCUUAUCAAAACUUCAGUCUUUUCACGCAGAAAUAUCAUUCCAGUUUUCCCUUCAGUUUUUUUUAAUUUAGCACCUUUUGAAGGGCAUUUGGUUAUUUUACCAAUUAAUUGUUGAUCUACCAGGUCAACAUGAUCUUUAUUUUGACCAUUCCUGAUGGGGCGCUGAUUGGCAAACAUAACAAUCUUUCACAUUCCAGUAACAAUGUUGACCCCAAAGAUUUAACCAAGUAAGAGAAUUUUAUGUGGAGUGGAAGAGUUGCCUGUUAACUCCCAUAUACAUUCUUAGGCUAUCAACUAUCCGUGUCACAUUUAAAAGGGGCACACUUUAUUUUCAGAUUGUUCUUCCACUUUUGGUGUGAUUCCUGUGCAUGAGAUUUGGGGUGAGAGUGGAAUAGGGGUCAGACAACACACAAUGGGAAUAGUAUUGAUGGGGGAGACUUCUGUUCUGUUUGCAUUUUGAUAAAACUAUGUUCAUCAUACCUGUUAAAUCUUGUCUUUCUAUAUUCACAGUUCUCAAAAUUUUGUAGUGUAGUUCUCCCACCAAAAAAAUGCACCUUAGAAGGAAGUACAUUCAUGAAAAAUGCACACAUCAAAAUCAUGUUAACACGGGAUGCAAGAAUUAAUAUAUUAGGGGAAAGUCACAAAAUCCAUGUUAAUUUUUAUGUGAAUCUCUUAAAAAAGCAUGAUGAGCACACAGAAUGUCUUUCCAGGAGGAUUCUGAAUGUUGUAAUCUUAAAUGUAACUUCUCUGAAGUUCCCCACUCAAGUUUUCCAGAAACUGGUUUUUGCAGGUAUACUGUCUUUGAUAGUGCAGAUAACACACUGUAUAACCAUCAUGACAAGAAUCUGUUGAUAGCCUUGUCCUCCCAGAAUUUGGCAAGCUGGAUUCCCAGCGUCCUCUCUCUUUCUGUUUUCCAUACUGCUUCUCUUAUCAAAGCAGAACUCUAUUGUCUUUUCUAGGAUAAGUAGUUCAUCCAGGCAUAGAUAGUACUUUUACAAGUAAGUUGGGUUUUCAACUGCCGAGACGUUUUGAUUACAUCUAAAAUGAACAAUGGAUUCAAGAUACAACAAAUGCUACAGAUUUCCCAAGCAAAACGCAAUUAUAUGCAAAAUGAAAACCUUGUGAAAGUCAUUGCGUUUGACAAUGGUAUAUUGCAGCAUUUCACCUAAGGUUUUUGGUUUUGAGUACAUCUACAGUUUCAAGGAGAUAAGGCAUAGGCCAUUGUCAAGUACAGUAGAGUCGCACUUAUCCAACAUAAAUUGGCCGGCAGAACGUUGGAUAAGCGAAAAUAUUGGAUAAUAAGGAGGAAUAAAGGAAAAGCCUAUUAAACAUCAAAUUACAUUAUGAUUUUACAAAUUAAGCACCAAAACAUCAUGUUUUACAACAAAUCGACAGAAAAAGCAGUUCAAUACAUGGUAAUAUUAUGUAGUAAUUACUGUAUUUACAAAUUUAGCCCCAAAAUAUCGCAAUGUAUUGAAAACAUUGACUAUCCAAAAACUGACUACAAAUAAAGAUAGCAUUGCAUAAAAUCAACUUACAGUAACAACAUUGUCGUAAGUUACAUCCAUAAAAAGUUCAAUCUUUGCUGCCUAGAGAAACAGCUGUGGAUCUGGGUGGAGGCCGACUGCGUUGGAUAAUCCAGAACAUUGGAUAAGCGAGACUCUACUGUAUUCCGUUUACCAAUUGAUUUUCCUGUAUGCAACUGUUUUUUCACAAGGCAUCCAUAUAUGCAGGUUUUUUCACAUAUGGUUCUAUUGUUUUGACCAUUAUUCAGUGGUCAUAUCCAGAUCAUGACCGCAUAGCUAGACCUCUACAAGUGUAACCAUUUCAUAUGGACCUAAAUCUUAUUGUCAGUCCUGACUAGAACAGAACCAUUGAUUCAUUGGAUUGAAUGAGUCAGCUGUAGUCGGGCCUAACUAUACACUUGUGCAUCCUUGAAUGGUGCAUAACGAUUAAUCAGUGCCUUCAGUAUAUCCCAUUAAUUCAUGGGAUUUCAGACACAGACAUUGUACAUUCUCCAUUGCACAAUGAGACUAGAAGUAGGUACAUAAUUGGUUGCACAAAGUCAAUAUUCAGAAGGGUUGUGUAGCUGAACCAUUGUGUAACUCACACUAUUUAAGGAAGGUGCAGAAGUUCAGCUAUAUUUUUUUCAUAGCAAGCUCAUGCUUUUACUUUAAUUUCCUGUUACAACACUGUAAUCACUUGUUUUGCACUAAUACCUUGUGCCCUUAAUGACAGACAAAGAGCAAGCCUGCAUGUUUGUUAUUCACUCAUAACCUGCCAAGGAUGGGCAAUCCCAUGACUCAGAAGUGACAUUGACCCAAGUUUUGUUGGAGGAAGAACUUCAAUUUUUCCUUUCCUGUUGUUUCCUAGCUUGUUUAAUUUGCUGCCUUGAAUUUAAAUAGCACAGAAUUUGCAAGAAAGCCUUCAGUGAGAACAUAACCAGACUAAUAGUUUGACACCACCCUACUUAGAAAACCAGCAUUGUUUAGUGGAUUGAGUAUUGGAUUAGGACUCUGAGAGACCACGUUUUGAAUCCUGCUCAGUCCUGGAAACCUAUUGAGUGACCUCAAUCAAAUGACACUCUCUCAGCCAGAAAAUCCUUUGAGUUGCUAUGAAUCAGAGUUGACUUUGUGGAACAUAACAAACAACCACUACUACUCUAAUGCUAUAGAACCAUCCCUAGGAAUCCUGGGAUUUGUAGUUUAGUGAGGUACUUCCAUCCUAUAUUAAGGUAAGAGAUUCAGGAGCUGAUAACUGGUGCGUGUUUAAUAAACCAGCACUUCCUUGAAUUUACUUUACACUUUGCUGUUUUUGACCAUUCAAAAACUCCUUUGGUAUAAGGCGUGGUGACACCUGAGUUACAAAGUCCAGCAUAUUAUCAUACUACAGUGCAGGUAUGGGCAAACUUGGGUCCUCCAAGUGUUUUGGACUUCAGCUCACACCAUUCCUAACAGCCUCAGGCCCCUUCCUUUUCCCCCUCAGCUACCCCAAGUGUUUUGAAGUCCAAAACACUUGGAGGACCCAAGUUUGCCCAUACCUGCUAUAGUGUGUGCAUGGGAUGGGGGAAUUAGUAUGUUCCCUUUCUCUUUCACAGGUGUUUACAACCAUCCAUCACCAUCUCGCUUUAUAGUGCAUCAUACUACUAUACCUGCAAGUAUUUCUUUUCCUCUUUCUGAAGGAAAGAGAUGGGUUUUUUUUCUUCACAUUGGUAGUACUGUUGUAAACUUUUGGCAGUGCAGAUUGACAGUCAUAAUAAUUUGGAGGCAGCAGGGGCUACAAAAAUGUAGUGUGCAUAAAGCCUACAACACCACAUGCUACCCACUUCUGAUCUGCAACUACCUGCUGACCUUAUUUCUGGGUCUAUAUCCUUUCAUCUUCUAUCAGCCAAUUUGUUCUGUCCACAAAUGACAGAGUAUUCUGUUCAACUGGUGUUAGGUUGAAGCCCAUUAACAUGUUGAUGUGCAAGAAUUCUGACAGUGAAAAAUUGUGACAGAAGAGACAAGUGGAUGUUAAAGCUUUUGACGGUGUCCCCACGUUAUUGCUGGGAAGUGUAAAAUAAACAAGUUGAGCAUUCCCGGCUAUAGACCUGGGCAGAGGGAGAUACAGUUCAUAUAGGGGUUUUUGAAAUCAUGAACCCAGUUUCAAAGCAGUAUAUUUGACAACUGAGUCCAUCUUUUUAUGUACUCCUGGCUUACUAUCUUUUAAGGGAAAUUUAUGCCCUUCCUUGACUUUUCAGUCCAAAAAAAUAAAACAAUUCACUCAUGCACACCUCGGUAUUUGUGUAAUAUAUUAAAGAUAUUAUGAAUUAUGCCAAUUGUGUUUGUUCAUUAUUUCCUAAAGAAGAGAGUGGGAAGUGUAGUAGAGCAAGAGGAAAAAAGUCUGAUCCUCAGAAAAGGGAAAGGAUGCCCUCAAGGUAGGAUUUCGGCACUCUCCCACCUACCAUAAGAAACCAAAGUCUGAUGGCACCAAGCUCAUUUGCUAGAGUUCUUUCUCCAUUUCCUUAAGACAAAGAACCUGAAGUGACAAAUUAUUACUACCCAAUAAAAAAUAGGAAAGGAAAGCCUAGUCUGUAUGGGCAGGAGACUUUAGCAGUGCGGAGGUGAUAGAAUGCAUAGUUUCAUUUCAAACUGUGGUAUUUAUCUUUAUAGCACAAUCUUCUGUAUCAGUAGGAAAAUGAGUACAGCAUAGACUAGAAUAGGCAUUUAUCACAGUAGGUUGAUUAAUUUUUUUUAAUGCCCCCAACUCCAGUCUUUGAUUUGUUACUGCAGAUAACCCGCUUUAUUCGCAGGUUUUAGGAUUUUAAAAUAAUUUUUACAAUUCUUACCAUUUAUUAGUUGGGAUUUAUGUGUGUUGUUGUUUUUAUACUUAUGACACUGUUUAUAUGCUUAUGUACUGUUGUUUAUAUGUGGCAUAUGAAGUGCUUCUGUGAGCCACCCCAAGUCUCUUCAGGGAGAUGAUGGCGGAGUAUAAAUAAAGAUGAUGAUGAUGAUGAUGAU